AUGACGGACGUCAAGAGCAAGGUGAGCAUUGAAAUCCAAAAGACGCCCUUGGAUCAAAAUUUAAAAGCUGACUCUUUUCCCUUCAGAACCUCUACGAGCUUUUGGGUAUGCUUGAAUGAUUUUGACAGUCCAACGCGCGUCCUGACCACGAUUUUCGCAGGCAAUACCUCCGAUCAGGACUCUGAUCGCGAGCCCGAGCCACCCACCAAGACCAUCGACAAGCCUACCGCUCGCCAUGGAAAGCGUGAUGCGCCUGCUACAGCACCAACUGAUUCAGGUGUAGCUGGUCGUGGUCGCGGUGGUAGACGUGGUGGUGGUUUCUCUGGAAGUGAAGCAGGUAAUUGGGAAAUUUCACCAAAAAAUGUAAGGGCGUUGGCAACUGAUAUGUACAAGCUUUCCGCGACCGCACCGCGGGCAGAAUCUACAAUCGCGAUCAAGGUACUGGUGAAAAUGCUGCCCAAGAUGAAAAUCGUCCCGGUCGUGAUCGAGGCCCUGGCGCCCGACGCGCUGGUCGUGGUGCCCCAGGUCCCCGUCGGGGUGGUGAUCGCCACAGCCGCACUGACAGAGCGUGAUGAUCAUCCCAAGCAAGUUGAACAUGGCUGGGGAGAGAACACUGGAGAGGGUGAGUGGGCAGACGAGAAAGCCGGAGAGGCCAUUGCCUCACAAGAGGUAAAAGAAGGUGGAUGGGAUGCCAAUGUCGAUGCCGCAACUGCGCCUGAGGGUGGUGAGGCUUUCCCCGAACAGGAACCCGAGCCAGAAGACACCAGCAAGUCCUACGCUGAAUACCUCACUGAACAAGCUUCUAAGAAGCUAGGCGACCUUGGGCUCAAAGAAGCACGUGCGCCCAACGAGGGAUCAAAGGAGAACAAGAAAUGGAAAUCCGCAAAGGAACUCACCAAGGAGGAAGACGCAGACUACUUCAAGGGCGAGGAAAAAGCCAAACGCGAGCGUGCACGAGAGUCAAAAAAGGAAUUCCUUGACAUCGACUACAGUUUCAAGGAACAACCACGCGACUCCCGCGGCGGCCGUGGCGGUCGAGGUGGUCGAGGUCGAGGUGACCGUGGUGACCGUGGUGAUCGUGGUGACCGCAGCGAACGUCCUGACCGCGGCGAACGCCCCGAGCGUACCGAGCGUCCCGACCGUGGUGAAUUCCGUGGCCGCGGACGCGGUCGUGGUGAACGAGGUGAAUAUCGUGGUCGUGGUGGUCGUGGUCGUGGUGGAAAUGAAGCCUCAGGCUCUAAACUACCAGUCGACGACACCACCGCCUUUCCUAGCUUGGGAGGUAAAUAG